AGACCAGGACCCACAUAUUAUUGAAUAACGUUACGAUCGUCCUCCUCGCGCCUGCCCAUAAGUCGUGAAGGAUCCAUGAUCACACCACGCCGUGCGUAUUGCAAGGCAUUAGCAUUACAAGCAAGUCAAGAGCGUAUCCUCAUUCCUUACCACAGAAUCUGCAGGCAUCGUUUGAUGUCCAUCGAACUUCUUGUUGGCGACACCAAUGCAAAAAUUUGUCCUGCUCUUACUGCACGCAUUCUACUUCGAUCAGAGAGCAAGAAUCAGUAGUCGCUUCUGACCGCUGAAAAUCAGAUCAAUAAACCGAAAAGAACCCCUCCACACAGAUGUGGCUUCCCAUGAUUUACGCCCACCUCGUCGCGUGCUCUGUUUGAGCAAGUUUAAGUAACUUUCUGCCGCAAAGCCGACACAGAACAAAGAUGGCGUUGUCAGGAACUACCGUUCGGCAACAUCAAGGGCGCGUCUGCACCACCCGGACAAAACUCUUCUUCGCGACCGUUGCGACCUUUUUUUCCAUGAGCCACGACCCCCACGUGAAAAUCUUCCGAAUCAGAGCGCAGAACAAGGACGACAACAAGGACACUGGCGGCUGGGUAUGCACUGGCUGCAAAAGUAGCGUACUCGUAGUAAUUGCAUUUAUGCAUUACAAAUCUUUUUCUUAAAGGUAAAUCAGCAUUGAUUACAAAUUUGAUUUGUAAUGCUGAGGAAAUUUAUUUGUAAUGCAUAAUUUAUACGAGUACGAUAACUUUUGCACUGCAUAAUGGGCCUACGACAGUAAUGGGAACUGGGUAAACACCAGCACGGGACAAACCUGGUGCACGGACAGCGCUGGUAUGCAUGGGAAAUUUCCCGUAUUCCACAUACAGCUGCUACUUCGGUUAUUUCUGCAUGAUGUCGAUGAAUCUUUUUCAGCAUGACAACCGGUACACUGUAAGUUGGCGAAAUUUGCCAUGCAUUUUGUAUGUCGUUUGCGGGAUGAAAUUUGGAAUUCUAUAUCUGGGAAAUGGACUUCGGUUGGGUGUCCGGUGGGAACAGUGAGCAGUAGUAGUGGGAGCAAGGAUAGCACUAGUGGAACCAGUUCUUCAGCGUCUAGUGCGACAGGAGACAAGGACUACGAGAACAAAGACACUGGUAAAACUACGACAAGUACAGGUGGAACUUCUACUGGGGCAACAUCCGCAUCAAAUACAGGGACCGGCACAACAGGGUCUAACAGUGGUACUAGCUCUUCAACAACAGGGUCUGGUAGUACAGCAGGAGCGUGGUCGUCGACCUCUAACAGCAACACGGGCAGCACAGCGACCUCUACCUCUUCAGCCACGAAUAACAAACCGCCGGACAAGUCAAACGCGUGCGCGGACCCGGCCGCUUUGCAAGCCUGGGGAACUGCGCCAAUCGUGACGUAUGCCUGUGUGACCCACCAGCGCGGGCAGAGGUGUUACUACCUGUAUGACCCGUCUGCGAACAAGGUGCAAAGCACCAUGCAACCCCCCGCGCUCGUGAUCGAUAUGCACGGAUUUGGGGGUUAUCAAAUGUAAAAAUGUCUGGGUCUGGAAAAGUGUAGACUUGUCAUGCAGAUUUUCCAUGACCCACCCAUGAGGUCUGGAAUGCGGGGCCUAGCAUGACAGACUCGGCGAGGUCUCUGCCAUGCCUAUCCUGCAUGAGAAACUCCCCUCCAACUUGGUCAAAAGUGUACGGCUUUUGGCACUCAUGCAACACAGAUUUUCUCAUGCUUCAGAUUUACCAUGACAAGUUGGAAUCUUCCAGACCCAGACAUUUUUGCAAUUCAUAGGGGCUGCGCGAGCGACCAUGCGAAGACAAGUGGGUGGAAGACCAUUGCGGACAACCUUUUGACACCAAUAAAUACCGGCAAUUUUUAUCUCCUGGUCGCGUUUCCGCAGGCGACGGCUGUGAACCAGAUGCCUACUUGGUCCGCCGCAGGGAGUGCGUGUUUGGGACCCGAUUCUGUCUCAAAAACCGCCCACAUUGACGACAUGGGUUUCAUUCGGAAGAUGGUGAAGCAAAUCUACGAGAUGCAGCGGCCACAGGCGAAUGUUUCAGGGAGCUCGAAAAUCGACCCAAAACGAAUUUACCUCACGGGGUACAGUAACGGGUGCAUGAUGGCCCAGCGGUUCGCCUUCGAAGACUCGCAACUGGUCGCCGCCGUCGCGUGUCAAGCGGGAAACAUGAUUGCCUAUGAGGAUCACGCGGAGCUCGUCAAGCACGUUCACUCAUUGUCUGACGUGCCGCCGAAUACACUCACUUCGAGUCUGUUCCACAGCACUCCAUUCCUGCAAAUCCAUGGCGAGUUGGACCGUUUGAAUCCCCAAACGACGUUCACCCCAAAUGCUUUCGACAACGUGAAACUGUGGGGAAAACUGAACAAGUGCGGGGAAUGGAAUGACGGGACAUCUUCAAAUGGCGUCGUGAUAACUUCCACCCCUGUAGAAAACACAAAGCCCGUGAGAACCACGUAUGAGUUGCAGAAUUGCCAACCAGGAAUUAGAGUGACAACUGUGGUAACCAGUGGGCAAAGUACCAGUUCUACAGCUACUUCUUCCCAAGAGCUGCAGAGAAAUAAUUACGUCAAACUAAUCGCGUUGAAGCAGAUUGGGCACGAUGUGUACACCGACCCGAACUUGGGAUCGUUGGACACGACGGCCAUGCUCUGGGAUUUAGGGCUCAAAAUGUACGAGAGAAAAUCUGUUCCGGAAAGCACGAUUGUGACGAACAUUCUGGAAAACGCGGAUAGAGAUGUGUUUGCGGGCAAAGUGGGCCGAUUUGGGACUUGCGACGUUUCACGGGCGGCUGGGGGAAGGCGAGGUGGGACGAAGAUUUUCUCCACGGGCGUUGCUGCUAUUUCUUGGAUAUCCUGUGCAAAAGUAUCGUACUCGUAUGAAUGCAAGUCUUGCAUUACAAUUUUUUUUCUGAAGGUAAAUCCGCAUGACAAAUUCUACCUCUUAUGCUGAGGAAAUUUGUGAUGCAUUUAUACGAGUACGAUACUUUUGCAGUUCAUAUUGGAAGUGGAUACUUACGGCCAUGUUGGCAUUCAUAUGGAUUCAUUCGUUCCUCGCUUGAUGUUCCUAGAUGGAUUCAUCGCCAUGGUCAUCAUCCUCGGGUGGCUUUUGUUUUGUCCACCACAAGAACCUCCGCGUCAAUCCUGCGUUUUGUGCUAAAGCUUUUAGUACUUGGAGACGUUUAAUUGGCUAUUUCGUGAGUUAUGGGUUUCUAGAAUUUCUUCAUGUGGCAACGCGUAUGCGGGCCACCAGCAUGUCUCUACUACAUCAGAUUCUAGAACAGCAGAUGGUUUUUUUUUUUCGGGCACAAUCUAAAUAAGUGUCUUUAUGUUUCUGAUGAAUGAUUAUGAUGUGAU